GGCGGCGGCUGUGAUAGUGGCGGCGGCAGGGUGUCCGGGAGGCAGCAGCAGCAACGGCAGCGGCAGCGGCGGCCCUGAGGAGAGUGAGGCGGCCCCGUCGGCAGCCGCCCGCGCGUCGGGCGGAACCUCGAGCUGUCCGGCGGUCGCCGGCGCUGAGGCAUUCGCCGUUUCCUACCGGGCUCGGCGCUCCCGGCCCUGGCUGGGCAGGGCAGAGUGCCCCUGGGGAGGGGCGGAGCCGUAGAUAUGGCAUAAGAUAUUUCUUCAAGAUUGGACAGCUGGUGACCUGCUAUUUUUGAUAGCCUUAAGCUGACUUUAUAGCCAUAGAGAAACCUCACGGAAUUACGUUGUUGUUUUUUGCUUUACACCAUUUCUGGCACCUAAGUUCAUCCUGCAACCAUGUAUGGAAGUGCUCGAUCAGUAGGGAAAGUGGAACCAAGCAGCCAGAGUCCUGGGCGAUCUCCUCGGCUUCCACGGUCCCCUCGCUUAGGUCAUCGGCGAACAAAUAGUACAGGAGGGAGUUCUGGAAACAGUGUUGGAGGUGGCAGUGGGAAAACCCUGUCAAUGGAGAACAUACAGUCCUUAAAUGCUGCCUAUGCUACAUCUGGCCCCAUGUACCUAAGUGACCAUGAAAACGUGGGUUCAGAAACACCUAAAAGCACCAUGACACUGGGUCGUUCUGGGGGACGCCUGCCUUAUGGUGUUAGGAUGACUGCUAUGGGCAGUAGCCCCAAUAUAGCAAGCAGUGGGGUUGCUAGUGAUACCAUAGCAUUUGGAGAACAUCACCUCCCUCCUGUUAGUAUGGCGUCCACUGUACCUCACUCUCUUCGUCAGGCAAGAGAUAACACCAUCAUGGAUCUGCAGACACAGCUGAAGGAAGUACUAAGAGAAAAUGAUCUUUUGAGGAAGGAUGUGGAAGUGAAGGAAAGCAAAUUAAGUUCCUCGAUGAAUAGCAUCAAAACCUUCUGGAGCCCAGAGCUGAAGAAAGAGCGAGCCUUGAGAAAAGAUGAAGCUUCCAAAAUCACCAUUUGGAAGGAACAGUUCCGAGUUGUGAAGGAAGAAAACCAGCACAUGCAGAUGACGAUCCAGGCUCUCCAGGAUGAGUUGCGGAUUCAGAGGGACUUGAAUCAGCUGUUUCAGCAGGAUAGUAGCAGUAGGACUGGAGAGCCUUGCGUGGCAGAGCUGACAGAGGAGAACUUCCAGAGGCUGCACACUGAGCAUGAGCGGCAAGCCAAAGAGCUGUUUCUUCUGCGGAAGACCCUGGAAGAAAUGGAGCUGCGGAUUGAAACUCAAAAGCAAACCCUAAGUGCUCGGGAUGAGUCCAUUAAGAAGCUUCUGGAGAUGUUACAGAGCAAAGGGCUUUCUGCCAAAGCUACAGAGGAAGACCAUGAAAGAACAAGACGGCUGGCAGAUGCCGAGAUGCAUGUCCACCGCCUAGAAAGUCUUUUGGAGCAAAAGGAAAAAGAGAAUAAUAUGUUGAGAGAGGAGAUGCACCGGAGAUUUGAGAAUGCCCCUGAUUCUGCCAAAACAAAAGCCUUGCAAACCGUCAUUGAGAUGAAGGAUUCAAAAAUUUCUUCCAUGGAGCGUGGACUCCGAGACCUGGAAGAGGAAAUUCAGAUGCUGAAAUCAAAUGGGGCUUUGAGCACUGAAGAGCGAGAGGAGGAAAUGAAACAGAUGGAGGUGUAUAGGAGCCACUCUAAAUUCAUGAAGAAUAAGGUAGAACAACUGAAGGAGGAACUAAGUUCGAAAGAGGCUCAAGGGGAGGAGCUGAAAAAGAGAGCGGCUGGUCUUCAGUCUGAGGUCUUUGCAAUUGGCCAGGUGAAACAAGAGUUGUCCAGAAAGGACACUGAACUGCUAGCCUUACAAACCAAGCUAGAAACUCUCACGAACCAGUUCUCAGAUAGUAAGCAACACAUCGAGGUGCUAAAGGAGUCCCUCACUGCUAAGGAACAAAGGGCUGCCAUCCUGCAGACUGAGGUGGAUGCUCUUCGAUUGCGUUUAGAAGAAAAGGAGACUAUGCUAAAUAAAAAAACCAAACAAAUUCAAGAUAUGGCUGAGGAGAAGGGUACACAAGCUGGAGAGAUACAUGACCUGAAGGACAUGCUGGACGUGAAGGAACGGAAGGUCAAUGUUCUUCAGAAAAAGAUUGAAAAUCUCCAGGAACAACUGAGAGAUAAAGAAAAGCAGAUGAGCAGUUUGAAAGAGCGAGUCAAGUCUCUGCAGGCGGACACCACCAACACAGACACAGCGCUAACGACCUUGGAGGAGGCUCUUGCAGAGAAAGAACGGACAAUUGAACGCUUAAAGGAGCAGCGGGACAGAGAUGAGCGAGAGAAGCAAGAAGAGAUUGAUACCUACAAGAAAGAUCUUAAAGACUUGAAAGAAAAAGUCAGCCUGUUACAAGGAGAUCUCUCCGAGAAGGAGGCCUCUCUCUUGGAUCUCAAAGAGCAUGCUUCUUCCCUGGCUUCCUCAGGACUGAAAAAGGACUCACGACUCAAGACCCUUGAAAUUGCUCUUGAACAGAAGAAGGAAGAGUGCCUGAAAAUGGAGUCACAGCUGAAGAAGGCACAUGAAGCAACACUGGAAGCCAGAGCCAGUCCAGAGAUGAAUGACCGAAUACAGCAAUUAGAGAGAGAGAUUACCAGGUACAAAGAUGAAUCUAGCAAGGCCCAGACUGAAGUUGAUCGCCUCUUGGAAAUCUUGAAAGAAGUGGAAAAUGAGAAGAAUGACAAAGAUAAGAAGAUAGCUGAGUUAGAAAGGCAAGUGAAAGACCAGAAUAAGAAGGUAGCAAAUCUGAAGCACAAGGAGCAGGUGGAGAAGAAGAAGAGUGCACAGAUGCUGGAGGAAGCCCGGAGAAGGGAAGACAGUCUCAGCGACAGCUCUCAGCAGCUGCAGGACAGUCUCCGUAAGAAGGAUGACAGGAUUGAAGAGCUGGAAGAAGCACUGAGAGAAAGUGUACAGAUAACUGCAGAACGUGAAAUGGUGCUGGCACAAGAGGAAUCAGCCAGGACCAGUGCUGAGAAACAGGUGGAAGAACUGUUGAUGGCCAUGGAGAAGGUGAAGCAGGAACUGGAGUCCAUGAAAGCUAAACUGUCCUCCACUCAACAGUCCCUAGCAGAGAAGGAGACACACCUCACCAAUCUCCGGGCAGAGAGGAGGAAGCACUUAGAGGAAGUUCUAGAGAUGAAGCAAGAAGCUCUUCUGGCUGCUAUUAGUGAAAAGGAUGCUAAUAUAGCUCUUCUAGAGCUUUCGUCCUCUAAGAAAAAGACCCAAGAAGAAGUGGCUGCACUGAAACGGGAAAAGGACCGCCUGGUGCAGCAGCUCAAACAACAGACACAAAAUCGGAUGAAACUAAUGGCUGACAACUAUGAGGAUGACCACUUCAAAGCCUCCCGUUCCAAUCAGACGAACCAUAAACCCUCCCCAGACCAGAUCAUCCAGCCCCUCUUAGAACUUGACCAAAAUAGAAGCAAGUUAAAGUUGUAUAUUGGACACCUGACAGCCCUCUGCCAUGACCGAGACCCCUUAAUCCUUCGUGGACUCACUCCACCAGCUUCUUAUAAUGCAGAUGAUGACCAGGCAGCUUGGGAGAAUGAGCUGCAGAAGAUGACCCAGGAGCAGCUUCAGAGUGAGCUGGAGAAAGUUGAAGGGGACAAUGCAGAACUGCAGGAGUUCGCCAACACCAUCCUCCAGCAAAUAGCCGACCACUGCCCUGACAUCCUUGAGCAAGUCGUCAGUGCCCUGGAAGAGUCCUCCUGACGUGCUCCAAGGAGGCUGACCAAGGAGCUAGGAAGGAGAAUGUGAGGGACUUCGGUGUCGGAACCGCCUCCACCCCAGACCCUGCCAGCUGGAUGUGUGAGUCCAGCCGUUUGUAUCUCAUCACACUCUGCCUCUACUUUGAAUGUUGUCUCUGCGCAAGUCUCCUUGGUCUCCGUGAAGAACUGCCCUGUCAUCAGCAGAAGGGAGCUGGGGAGGCUGGCAGCUCUGCCCUUCCCGGAACAGGAAACAAGAAGCCCACUUGCCUCAUCUGGAGUUCUGUGCUUUGAAAGCUCCGUGCUGAAGCCUUAGGAUGAGUCCUUUCUGCUCAGAGGGUAGAGAAGGGAACAGUGGCCAGGGACAAGGAGAGGGUGCUGCCCUCAUGUUUACCAGCCUUGCUGUCAUGACCGUCAGAUGGAGGCAGGCCUCACUGUGAACCCCGGCCUGUUCCCUGUCUCACUUGCGCUGCUCUCAGCUGGCGGGAGGAUGAUGUCCACAGUGGUCACCCACUCGCUCUUGUUAAGACCUUCCCACACUUGGCUGUCAGGUCAGUGUGACCUGCUGAGAAGAGGCUUUAACAUGAAGGGCCCUGUUGUCACUGCUUGCAGCUUUGCUCCUCCAGAGACGAUGUCCCACGGGGCCAUGCCGAUCCUCCUGAACAUUGCCUACAGUGCAGUCUGUCCCUCCACCUUGCCCCAAGCUACUUAGAACAGGGUUGUUAGGGCGUGUGAUCCCUGCCCACCUUCUCAGUCUACUCUUAAGGUACAUCCUCAGGGUCAUAGCCUCAUGCCCUACCUAGAAACUGCUUUUGACACAACUGAGUUUGUCUUAUCUCAUUAACAUCCCUCCCUCCCUCCUUUCUUUGAUUCAUUCAUUCAUUCAUUCAGAAAGUAUUAUGAAAUGUCUGCUGUGUGCAUACAGCGUGAGAGGCUGUAUUUUCCACCCUUGGAAAAGCCUCUGAUAGGGAGUGGUGUGGGGACCCCUGAAACAUGCUCAGUUGAGCCGUGGCAGUGAAAGCAUAGCUUCUCCCUCCAGCUUCCUGACCUGCAGUCUUUGUCCUCAGUGGGCUUGGCUGACUGAGCCCCUCUUUGCCUGCGAGGUCCCGUGUGGCAGCUGAGGAUCAUUGCUGUCAGUGUUGUCCCCCUGAGAGGUGUUGUGUGUAGGGGCUGUACUGACCAUUCGUGUCAGCUGACUGCACCUGUGCGUGCACACCCCAUGGACACGGCAGCACCACGCUGCAGCCAGGUGCAGAGGACAGUGCCAUAAGAUAAUGGCCUGAGAAUAGACAGCCUAGCAGGCACCCAGCCCUGCGUGCUCUGAAGCGGACACCUGGAGAUGCCCCACCAGCUGCCUCCUCUCUGCCCAGCUACACUCUCAGAAGGAUUUAAUGCUGCCUGUAAGUCCCUCACAGCCCUCCACCCGGGACCUCACGCAGCUGCCACUACUCCACAUUCAGUCACUUCCCCGUUCCCCUUCUUCCCUGCCAUACAGUGUUCACUUGUGUGAGACGCCUAGGUCUGAGUGGACUCUGCCAGGAGCCAGAGUGAUGAUCGCUGCUGCUCAGUUCUCUCAGUUCUUUUUAAUUGUCCCAUCCAUAAAUCCCACAGACAACACCGUAUUUCAGGAUAGGAUUUUACACCCAUAACAACUGGAACCACCACCUAGUAACAGCUUCACCAGCUAUGGUGGAAUCCAGAAAACAGUCCCGGUCCACAGGCACAGCCUGGAGCUGACACUGGCCAGCUUGGGGACCACCCCAGACAGACUCCUUGCUGUACCCACUUGGUCUUUGUCUGCCACUCUUUACCUGCUUCCUUCUCUCCGUUUUACAACUUUUCUCCAUCAGGUCCCUCCACAGAGGCUGCGGGAAGGCAGAUUUGUGGGACAGACAUUAUCUGAUCUCUGCAUAGCAAAGGGGUCUCCUCCUCGGGUGGUAAUCCUGUGACUCAAAUGGUUCUGGAGACUGUGGAGUUUUUGUGGUAGGUGAGGCUAAUAGGUUAUCUGGCAUUCAUAUCUUGCUGACUUUACGUCAUUCACUUAGUCAGAAUUCACUAAACGCCUAGCUGCCAUUGCACUAGGACAUGUCAUCCCGUGACGGUCUUCAUGCACUUAGGGUCCUCAAGACAUCUGGCCUUGAGAGCUCACUGCAGGCUGGCUAGGACCAUCCCCAUCACCUCCAUCCACUGUCAAGCCUCAUACCCUUUGCACCUAACAUCUCUACCCCAAAUGAAGGCCGUCAUGAAGAUGCAGUAAGAAAAUGAGGGCUGGAACCCAGCGUGGGGCUCCUCCUAAAGCAGCAGCAUAUGAGCCCCGCAUCCCAGGUCUUCAGUGAGUGACUGACUGGUGGCACAUCUGAACGGGAUUAGCAACGACUUAAAGACCGUUAGAGAUGGACAAGUCUGAGUGGGCUUCAGCAACCGGAAAUGUGGAGGGCAUCCUCCAGUUCCCGUCAGCCUUGUUUCUCAUGCAUCUUCUUGAGGCCUGAGCGUGCCUCUUCCUCACCUGUGGGCCUUAGAAGUUCUAGGAAAGCAGACUGGGCUGUGACGACCGACGGUGUUGCAGGUCAGGCUGUGACUGGCCAUAUCCCAUCCAUCUGUUUGGCCUCCUGGGAAGAAUAUGUUGGCUGACUUUCUCCCUCGGGAGAGAUGACGUCAGUGCAGAUGGUUCUCACGUGCUACCGUCCUGCCCCUCCACUGCUGACCCUCCUGUGUGACUGAAGCACAGGCCCACUGGCCUCCCUCCAGGUCUUUGAAAAAGGGCAAAGCAAGGAUGUGUCGCUAGUGGAAUGGGACACCCACAGGCCCGAGUCCCAGCAGACCCCAUGUCAGCAGUGCCCGUGACUCUCACGCCUGCCUCCCCAGCCUCCCCUCCUGCCUGCAGAGUCCAGAGCCCAGGAAAGGAAGCAAGAAGGAUGAGCUGCACCACAGGCCUGCUGGGCACCCGCCAUCACUGCCAGUCUCGGAGCUUUGGACCAGUCCAAGGCAUGUUCCCUCCUGUGAACCACGAGGAUGUCCAGGGAAGAAGAAAGCACACGGGACCUGGGGAUCCUUCUGAACAAAAUGGCUGUCUUUACUCUUUCCAAACAGAAACUUUCCAAACUUUUAGUGUCAAAAUUGUAACCAAGUGUCUCCUGAUUCUUCCCAAUGUGUUUGGCAAGUGCUGUGACCCUAUUGUAGGUACUUCUCCUGCCUCUUUUGAGGGAGAAGUGAUUUUUAGGGGUUGAUUUGGGGGAGCGGGUUAUCUGUCCCGUCCCGCCACCUCUUUUGUUUCUCUGCUUGUUGAUAUUGUCUGUGUGAUUCAGAGAACUGGGGCAGUUACAUUGUGUCCAUUGUUGAAAAUAUUAAAAUAUUAAAAAGUAGUUAUAGAACUGAAAAAUUAAGGAGCUUUGUUUUUAAAAAUGCAAACCCAUAAAUAAUCAUGUUAACGAAGGAAUUCAAGCUAUGGGCAGCCUAGCUCCUCCCACUCCAGGUUGGUGAGGUGGUAGCCAGGCCAGCCCCUGGGAAACACACUGACCAUAAUUGAGGUAGGUGACUACCUAAGAACAAGAGACACCCACUCUGUGGAGAAAUGAAAAUCUGGGGCUCCAAGACUCUCAGUCACGUCAGGGUUUUCUGUACAUCCUCAGGACCUCUGGGUAGAGUUUUCAGCAUUGUUGAGGGUGACCUGAGGAUCACCCUCCCCUCACAUGGGAUCAAGCCUUGUGUGCCUAGUGCUGUGUGGUAACCUGGGCUUGGGCCUGCUUGCCAGACCACAGGACCUUUUCCUGCCCACUUGGUGCUAUUUCAUCGUGGCCAUUCCACAGGGCAGCCUAGUUAGUCUCCAGAGCCUGCAGGCCAGUGCCAUGGAUGGCCCUCAGAGCCUGGCUCUCUCUGGCUUCAAAUCCCCAAUUCUUCUCUUUGAAGCUUUUUAGACUCAAACCCCCUUGGCUCCAGAGAUGCCAGAGUCAAGAAAGGAAGUGAGCCAGGCUGAGGCAAGGAGAUCCACCCUCUGCCACAGUGAGCACACCAGCCAGGCCCCUCUACCCUGCCACACCAGUAUUAAAUCCAUCCUUGAAAGCAUCUGGGCCUGCCUGAGGCAAAUGCCAGCCAUUGCGCCGGCUUCCCAGUGCAGACCAGGAACCUGUCUUGCGUAGCAGGCUGUCCCAGGAUGGGGAAUUUGGCUUUGUUCUGCACCCUUGAAGCCUUCAGAAGAGGCAUGUUGCACUUUAGUGGGGAGCCCAGAACGCUGGGCACUGGCUUCCUGUAGCUUGAGUCCCUGUAGGUAGCAGUGGUGGCAGCCUGGUGGCUUGUGUGAAACAGCUGCAGCUGCUGCCUUCAACUGUGCACAUGCGUGCAGUUACUAGCGUCGAAUUGCCGGCCUGAUGAUGACAUUACAAAGACAUUGUGUUCUGUUCAAUUUUGCCUUGGUAAUUAUUGUAAACACUCUGUUUGAUUUUUUUUCUUUUUUAUUCACGAACUAAAUCCAUCAGGAAAUUAUAAACUUAUUUAAAAACUG